AUGCUUAUCAAUGGUCGGGAAUUUGGAAUGCGCCAGCUUUUUAAUGAAGUUGGUGCAGAAUCUAUGAAUACUGAUCAUCAUGAAGGCAGUUUGGUUUCAGUGAAGAAAGCCAAGGACUUAAACAAAUUGUCCGAAAAAUAUGGUAAAGGUGUUACACCCAUGGACGUUGACAACCAGGAAAAUGAAUCUAUGUUCCAAAGAAACUUUUACUUUUUAGAAGGAAACACAAAUACAUGUAUGAAUAAAGAGAAAAAAAUGGAGAUGAUUCAAACAGGCAAACGAACAACGUUUGAGAAGGGAAAAGUGGUGGAUGGAAAUACUCAAGCGCUUAAAGAUUUGUUAAAAGACCAGGAAAAUUUAAAGGAAGGCACGACAGGGGUCAUCAUUAAGGAAUUAAAGAGUUCUGACAUGGGAAAUUUUGUUGAAAAAGAGACAUUGGGAGAAGGUUCUUAUGGUGCAGUGGUUCGAUAUAAAAAUUUAGCCAAUAAUAAACAGCUUGCCAUGAAAAAGGUACGCAAGAACUUUACUGUGGGGGAAGUUUUGAUGUUGGCAAGUCUCGAACAUAAGAACAUCAUUACCGUAUACGGGUAUAUCAAAACAGACGGCAUCUCUAAUAUCUUAAUGGAAUUUGCAGGAAUUAACCUGGAGAACUUCGUUUUGAAUGUAAAUAUGGUGGAGGAGGAAUUGUUAUGGAGCAUAAUCAGACAAGCUCUCUUUGCCCUUGAAUACCUUGACCAAAAGGAGAUUAAGCACUUUGAUCUGAAACCUGCCAAUAUAUGUGUCACAGACAGCAUCGUGGUAAAGCUGACCGACUUUGGAUCUGCCAGAAAAGGCAUGCCGGAAUCUGGCUCUCUUGUAUGCACUCAUGAGUACAUGGCCCCUGAAAUGUGCGUUUUUGUCAAACCUCAUGCCAGCGUGAAGAAGACGGACAUGCCACUGACUGGGAAAUCAGACGUGUUUGCGUUAGGUCUAGUGAUACAAUAUAUCCUUGAUAGAGAACACACUCAACUGAAAUUUUAUGGCCAAUUCUUCAGGAAUAUGGAACAGCUGAGGGAAAAAAUUAUUUUUUACAAUGCAAUGAACCCUGAUAUGGUAUUGACAAAAAUGAUAACGGAAAAUGGGAAUGAUGCCAUACGAAAACUUCUUAAAAAGCUUCUACAGGGAUGGCCACAAAAUAGACCCACUGCUGCACAGGCCCUAUGCAUGGUCUAA